AACUACACAAAAUGGCGACCCAGGACUGGAGUCCGUCUAUGUUUGCGGGCCAGUCUUGGUCAGCUUGGGCGGAUAAUGUCCCCCUGACAGAUGUAAACGAUGAUGAAGAAACAGUUAAAUCCCAGCAUGGUGAAGAAAUCAAUGUAGACAGUAUGAAGCUCAGAAUUAAAGAUAUGCCCUUGUUUGGUCUUUGUCCGUCUCAAGAUGAAUUUUAUCUGGUGCUGUGUGAAAAAUGCAACAAGACCUUAAAACCACAAGCCUUUAAACAGCAUAUGGUUCAAAGACAUGGUGUUAAAGAUGUACAAAUUAAGCGAUCUAGUUCUACCUCUCAUAGUCAUUCAGUAUCGAGUAUUUCUCCAAAGAAAGUGGAGAAAACUGAGUUACAAGCAGUCCGUUCCAUGCCGACCAAGGCUAGUGUAAAACAAACACCACCUGAAAUCGCGGCUUUAUCUCGGGCUAGGAACAAUACAGCACUAAAAAUAGCCAGUGUAUCAAGUGUUAAAGACAAGCCUGAUAACUUGAAAAAGACACAGUCACUACCGUUUGUGAAAGUUGAACGUAUACCAGAUCAGGUAUCUGUGAAAAAGAAGGUAUCGGUUAACCCAGCAUGUGAUAUUAAACCUGUUGUCAGCAAUGGUUCUUUAGCAGUAGAACUUGAAGAAGGGAUAGAUGUGAUUUUUGCUGGGGAGGUUGCUGAAAAAACUGUAGUGACACCCAUAACCCCUUUAAAAACACCUCCCAAAAUCCCCAUUCUCAAAAAUACAUUGCCAGCUGCAGGUACUACGCCACCGAUAUCAAUAUCAAAAAUAGCGCCAAUUAUUACUACUGCUACUGUUAUUAGUCCUGUUGUUAGCGUGAAACCUGAGAUAUGUGUGAAACCUGUAUUAACGAGUUUAUCUAAUACUACCUGUAGCAGCAGCAGUAGUAGUAGUAUUAGUAGUACAAAUAAUAGUACAACUACCAUUAAACCUGUAACUAGCUCAAACACAUCACCAUCGAAAUCAACCUCCAUUUCAAAUCUAACAAAACUUCCUGUUAAAGAAAAAUUUCUACCAUGCAAGGAUCGUGAGUAUGAUGCUAAUAAACACUGUGGUGUAUGGAUAGAAGAUAUUCAACGUUCUUGUACCAGAUCACUAACCUGCAAGACCCAUGCCUUGUCCUUACGUAGAGCAGUGAAAGGAAGAUGUAAACCAUUUGACGACCUUUUAAAGGAACAUCGAAUAGCCAAAGAAGCCUUACUCAAAGCUAAAGCCUUGGCUGCAGGCCUACCACCACCUAAUUCUAAAUACAGUCAUCUUUUAGAAGCUAGUGAAGCAGAAUCUGCCGCAGCCUCCUCACAUUCCAAACCUUCCUCAUCAACUACCCCCUCUCCACAAAAAAUACCCAAAACCCAAAACAAAACAUCAGCUGCAGCAUUUCAAAGAUUGUCAGUUAGUGGAGUGUAUCCUCCGCAGACGACAGUACGAGAAGAAGUUGGAGGUAGUGAACCGUCUGCUAGUACCAGUAAAAUAACUAGUGAUGGUGAAGGUGAUGAUAAUAUAGAUAAAGAUCCAGGACAUCUUUCAUAUCAUCCAAGACCGGCUGCUAUCUGUAACUUUGGUGCUCGAAGAAUGGGGGGUAAUUUUUCAGUUUUUUCACGUAAAGUGGAUUUUGUAAGGGCAGCAUUCAUUAGUGCUUUAGAAAAACGUCUUCAUCCACCUCCCCACAAAAAACUUUGUGUUGAAUCAAAUUUACCAAAGGAUUCCCAUAUUGUGACAAAUGCUGUUGACCCUUAUGAAUUUAUGGAUGCAGGAGCUUCGGCCAAUAUGAAUGCGCUAUUUAAUUCAUCUAUCAGAAGUGGCUCUAUGAAACAAAAAUCAAAAUCUACGAGCAAUCGUACCUUAAAGCAAAAUGUGGGAUCUCGUAGUCCAGGUAGUUCUAAUGUGUCGUCAUCUGCCACCAGUGGCGUUAAUCCUGCCAAACGUAAAAGAAGUGGAAGUGGUCAAGGAAGUGUUAUUACCUUUUCCUCCCCAUCUAUAUCUCAAUCACAAUCUCAGACAAUAACCAAUGUUAUCUCAUCGUUACCGUUAAAUACAAACUGUACCAAUAGUCCUAUAGCAACCAUAGCCAUUCCAAGCAUGAACAUAACAGGCACUACUAUUGGCCAAUUUAAUACUGCUGGAAAGACCAAUCAAAUGCAAUUACAGAAAAAUAAUGUUUUGGGGAAAGACGGACAAGUGAAUUUUGUAUUAACUAAUCUCGACCCAUUAGCAAGAAAUGGUUGUGUUAAUAUUUCAAAUACGCAGCUUGGACAAGUUUACAUGACAGACGAUAAAAACGCUAAAAAGUCACGUAUGUCCAUAGCUGGUAAUAAAAAUAGUGGUAAAAUAGUGAAUACAAUAGAAGGAUUAAAGAACUUUCCGAAGAGUGUGUUUUUAGCUUCACCUAAUAUUUAUAUGGAUCGUACUUUAAUAGCUCCAUCAACUACUAAUAGUACGUUAAUGUCACUAUCCACACCCAUUGUAACUCCAGCUCAAGUGCAUGAUACGAGUUUAACAAAUGGAAUUGGUUCACCUUCUUCAGAUAAAAAUCUAAUGAACCGUCAGAAAGUAGCAACCAACCCAAAAAGUAUUACAACACAGGGAAUGCCAUUACUCCAGGCACGUCAACUUACUCAACAAAAUACAGGACCUAUAUUUACUAGUCAAAAUCAGUUAAACCCAUUACAAGUCAAAUCAUCUAAUUUAAAUAUGAAUAAAAAAGUAUCCAUGCAACCAGUUUCCAUAACAAUACCCCUCACAAGCCAAUCAAAUUUAAGUGCCUUGGGUGGUCAACAGACACAACAUACAUUUCUGAUUCGAACAAGUACGGAUGAAAGUGGUGGACAACAUCAAGAAAUUCAUCUCCAGCAACCAUUAUCUAGUUCCUCUACAAACCUCAUCUCCUAGCAACAGCAUCCUCCUCCAUCUUUGAAUUAUUGAGGUUUAUUACACAAAGGAUUAUCAUAUGACUACUAAUUAUAACAAUCCUCAUUAUCAUAUCACAGUGUAGGAGUGUGCUUAUAGUUUAUUCACAUUGGUUUAUUUAGUUAGAAUACAUUUGUGUGUGCAUUUUGCUUCACUAUGGACAUUUCUUGAACUAAAGUAUCUACAUAUACUAGAUCACCAGUAACCAAGAGGAAAUGUUAAAGUUGUGUUUUACGUUCUCAGUGUUUUUUGUGCUAUUAAUAAGAAAUGAUCAAAAUCAACAGAACUGAUACAAAUUUCAGAAUUGAUUAUUUAUUAUGGAGUAUUGUCUAAAUGUGAGUUGUUAGUUUGUGAACACAAGCAUGACUCUCAACAAAAUGAAAACAUAGAAUAAUAAUCUAUUGAUAAGGCUUAUAGAUGGAAAUCUCUCUCAAUUGAAUUCAGAGGCUCAUUUGACAUUUGAACAUAAUUUUUUUUUUUAUUUCUUUUUUUUAGAGUCCUCUACUAUGAUAAUUAGUUUGUUUUAUACUCAUUUAUUCAUUGUACAUGUAUUAAAAAGUUACGUCAAUCAUUGCUGUUCCCCAGUUAACAAAAGUGUGAAUUAGAACAAGGUUGUUACUGUAUCAUGUGAUUGCUGUCCUUCUGAUAAUGUUUCUAGUCAGGGAGUGGCAUGUCCCACCUGUCCUAUUCUGACAGUCACAAGAUUUUAAAUAACAGAAAGAUAAUGGUAUGUAGAUGUAGGAAUUAUUUACUGUUAUGAUCAUUUUAGAAUCUUUAUUUGUUUUAACUCAAACAAAGAUAUGUCGCAGAAGGUCAUAAAAUCGAGAAAAUUAACCACUAUCUGCUAGGUUGUAGAUACUAAAUAAAAGCAAUUAAAUAGGGAUUUCAGGUCACGUGUUAUUAAUUUGAAAUCUGACAGCCAGCGGCUGAAAUAUAGCCCACUUCAAUCUACGAUUCUGAAUUACUAUUUUAUGUAAAUGCAUUACUAGCAAUUGUAUUGUAAUAAUUUAACAUCAAUCUCAAUAUCUGCAAGAUUCAUGCUCAAAAAUUGUCGAAAUGUAAGCAAAAUUACUGUUUAUGUACAGGAAAUGCUCGCUGGAAAAUACCCCUCUGAUGUCCAUUGCUAUGACCCACUUCAUUGGUGAAUCCUCACCUUAGUUUCCGGGAGAUUUCAACAUAGAGCCUAUCAAACGAUAGAUAACAUUUUUGUGAUUAUUAUGGUGCGUGAUACCCCAAGAUAGGACAAUUAUAGCCGUAGAAAACAGGAUUUAUCUGUUUUGCUGCGGAAAUUUGCUAAAUUUCGACUAAAUAUAGCCUACAUUUUUUGUUGUAUCAUCCAGAUUAUAAAUAUUUGACAUAUUAGGCAACACAAAUAAAAUAACUUGUUUCUCGGGCACCGCCCGCACGCAAAAUUGGUUGCGCGUGCAGUCUAUUUAUUAGUCUUGAUGAAAAAAAAUAAAUAUGUAACGCCCGCCCGCACAUCGACAAGCAAGUCGUAAAAAAAAUAUCCCGCAUGUACCUACAUCCGCCAUACAUGUAUAUCUAUUCAAAUGUAUUAAAACUGAUUCAGAUGAACAUGCUGUCUUUUUUAUCCGAACAAUGGCGAAGUUUGGCAGAUUUGCCUUUUUAAUUGAUAUCGAAAGAACCUCCAUUUUGUAUCACGUGAUAUUAAUUACCUCCCCUGAUAAACUAGAAUUUGAAUCGUGUUAAAAGUCAUUGGCGACAAUAUUUCAAUCAUUCGAUCGUAAUCGGCUCAUUAUUGCCGGCUUCAGUCGGUCCUUGUUUGGAAAAUCCUAUUGAUAAAAUAAUGAACCGUAGAACAGGUUAAUUAAUUAUAGCUAAGAAUACGAUACGAUGACGAUAGUCGUCAUAAUGCAUACCUUAGAAUCUGGGUCAUUAUUAGCACAUUUAAGGUAGUUUCGAUAAUCCGGAAAAUAAUAAUUGGAUUACCGAUUUGAUGGUUUUACUGACCAGUUGUUAGUUAGAUUUAAAUAGUCAUUCAAUAUAAACACCGGAUAGAACACCGAAUAUCCUGAGAAACACACCGAAUAUCCCAAGAAACAGUAUUUCCGGCAAUCUCCAAUACCGAUGACACGGUGUGACAUGCAUUGGUUGGAAUUCGGUAAAUAAUUAUAAAUAAACCGGCGAUACUAGAUUUAGUUUUAAAUACUGUUUACCAUGAUUAUUAUUUUUGAUACACCUGGUGAAAGAGGCUUAGUUUUUAAAAAUAUUGUUGUCUUUAUGGAGGGCUAUUACAUAGUCGUAUGGAAUUUUAUUUUAAACCAAUUUCAAUUAUGUGAAUUAAAUAUGGAAAAUUAUUUUCCUUUCAGUCAGUGUUCAGUCUCAGUGUUUUAGUAGACUUGAUUUUGGGUUUAUGUUUUAAGUAUGUACAAUAAAGUUGAAUAUAACGGAAAGCAAAAACGUAAACAAGUAAUGACUUUCUCAUUUAAAAAAAAAAAAAAAGAAAGACCGCCCUCCCGCCCCAACAA